AUGAUGCGUCUGCAUGCUGGUUUGCUGUUAGUUGCAGCCCUUUACGUCGGUGGCGCUCAUUUAUGGGCAACAGAAUCGAAUCGUGCAUUGGAGGAUUCGUUGAUGAAAACAUACAAUCGAAAGCAUAGACCCGUUAAGAAAGAAUCAACAGUCACGCAAAUACAAAUUUAUUUGCUGAUCAGCCAUGUUGAAAAAGUGGAUGAGCACGAACAAACGAUGAUGUUGCAUGGUUUGUUGUGGGCAACAUGGGUCGAUGAAUACUUGCGAUGGGAUCCAACCAAAUACAAUAAUACUCGAAGAAUUGCAAUCGAAAGCUGGAAAAUUUGGCAACCAUCUUUAUCACUAUAUAACAGUGCAAGAGGAAACAGUUGGUUUUUGCAUAUGGGUGGAUUACCGGCAUCAGUAAAUAGUGACGGUAAAGUUUGGUCAUCUGGCUCGUUCAGUUUUUAUGUUACGUGCAUGUUCGACUUCACAAAUUAUCCAUUCGAUGAACAGGAAUGUCCAAUUGUUAUUGCGGAUUGGGUUUACGAUCUCUCGAAAGUGAAUCUGUCGGAUCCGUCCGGUAACACUCCGUGGAAUAAGCCAGCCGUGAAAUUAAGCUACGAUCCGCUAAGCAACACUAAUCCAAAAAAACAUGCUGCAGGUUGGGAGGUUCGAGACACAUGGCGUCGACAGUGCUAUUGGGGUCCGGCUGGUUGCAAAGAUGAACCACCCGAAGGGCAGCCUGAAUGGUUUUGGUCUCUGAUUGAAUUCGGCAUCAGAAUCAAGCGACAAGCGCCGUAUUUUGGUUUAACUGUCCUUCUACCAAGCGUAAGUUGUACCUGUGAAAAUAGUCUGAACAGUGCGAAUGCAUUGAAGCUGUAUUUGCAAGAAAAUUAUUCGUUUCGCAGUGAAUGUGAGUUAGUAACAAGUGUGCUGACUUUGGCCGUGUUUUGGAUUGACACGUCUUCAUUAGCGAUCGCAGUUACCACAUUCAAUAUCCUCCUUCAAGGUUUGUUCGGAUGGGACCUUAUCAGGAAACUACCUCCUGGAAGUGGAACUACUCCCAAGAUUGUUUCAUUGUAUGGAUUCAACUUAUCUCUAACGGCAAUCGCAUUCGUUUUGCACGUUAUCAUAAACUACCUGGAGAAUACACUCCCUGACGAUAUCGAAUUACCCUUCCAGGCAAGACACUUCAACCUUUCAACAUCGUUGACUAAUGUUACGGAACGACUUCGUCAAAUGAGUCCGUUCAAGGUGAAAGGGCUCUCGUUUGAUCCACAGCAAUUGCUCACUGGUGAAAGUGAAGAGGAAAGUUUUGCGACGAUUGAUCCAGACCAGAAUCCAUCGAGUAUUCUUGUUAUGGAAUCUGAAUCUAACAGAGGAGAUGACGAUCCAACGUUUAGAAAUCAUGUCGACAGCAACGAAAUUGCACUAGAGGAUGCAUCUCCGACCGUACCAACAUCACAGCAACCCCGAAAAUCUCUAUCACACCCGUUGAACUCUGAGCUUGGGCAUAUAGCCCAACAGCUCUAUAUAGUGCGUCGGCUCAUGUUCUUCAUUUACCUUUUGAUGUACGUAAUAACGUUACCGAUUUGUCUCUUUUAA